GAAUGUCUUCUCGCCGAUAUAUAAGUUGGUUCACUGACCUAAUUGUUCAGUUUACUGAGUGUGUUUUAACUGCAGUGGCCGACUUAAGUGUGCUUCUUCUUCCACUGACCAUAUACAUGCUUCCUGGUACGAAUUUUCUUCGAUUUUCAACAAAAUGAAGUUUUCCACAAUUUGUCUCUCCAUCCUCCUGACCGCCACGCUGACGACAUGCGAAUACCCCCGACCCAAGUACCGCGGCCCGCCCCCGUUCCCCAAACCGCCCCCGUUCCAGCAAUUCGCCAAGAAGUGGCAACAGCACCCGCCGAGGCCCCCGAUCCGCCCCCGCCCCAUCCCCGUGCACAUGCCCAAGCACCACAAGAUUCAAAUGGGGGCGGCGAGCGUCAACAGGCCGGUGGCGGUGCCAGUGAGGAAUUUCUGGAAGAAUACGCAGACGACGUUCAGGACGCCGGUGGAGAGUUACAAUCAUAAGCAUUUUAUGACUUCGGCGCCGGUUUUUCCAAAGAAGGUGUUCCAGUCAUCGCCGGCGAUUGCUGUUGCUCAGGAUUAUGAUUUGCAAAUUCAGAGCAAUAAUAUUGCGCCCAUUCAAACUAUUAAGCAGAUUGGGGAGAAGGGACCCAUACAUACCAUCCCAGCACCCAAUUUAAGUCUGGCUGAUAAGCCCAAAGUGGUGGAAGAGGUCAAACAACACGUGCAGAGACAACAACAACAACUAGGGAUGGAGGAGAUAAAACACCAAAGACAACCCGAGGCCACCUCGUACGUCCAAGUCCAGAAAUCUCACUCGUACCAAGUAACCGAAGCGCCCGAACUUGCCAAACAAACCCUCUUCAAAAACUACUACGAAAACCAAAACCCUUACCAAAACCCCACCGAACUCUACCAACUCCUCAACGCCUACUCCCAAGGCGCCACCAUCGCCGUGCCCGUGGUCCAGGACCCGCAGGACUACCUCCAAUACUCCUCGCUCUUCCCACAACAGCCCCAAAACUACGUGGAGCAAGUGGCCCCAGAACACGUCGCAAUGGACAAAAGCAGCUUCGAAGAAGCCAAAAAAGAGCCCUCGUCCCAAGUCACCGCCACCUACAACCUCGAACCCGAUGUCUCCGAGUCCAUAAUUCAGUCACAAUACGUCCAGAAUUAUUUCGACACCAAACCGAAAAGUAACGUGGAACCUGACGCCAAACCCAGCGAGAAAAAUAACACCAUCCCGGAGGGUUUCUACGUCAGUCUUCCUAAUAAAGAAGCCGCGGAAAAGUUGGCUUCGUUACAAGCCGCGGGAAAAUUAAACAGCAACUUGAUGCAAAUCGGGACACGUGGACAGGAGCCAAUCUACGUGCAGGAGGAGAGUCAGGAGGCCGAUGAGGACAACUACGAUGAGUAUCCUCAGGAGGAUUUAGCGCAGGAAGAGGCGAAUCAGAGCGGGGAGGAGUCCUUCGGACACCGCCUCCAGCCAAAGACGUAAUUAUUUAUUCUAUUUAUUUAUUUAUUUCGUUUUUUUAAUUGUUGUUUGCAUAAAUAAAUAUUUUGUUACUUA